AAAAUCAGAUUUUCAUCCUCUUGCAGGACGGUUUCACUUUUAUCACCUUCCGCUGCGGUUUACCUGAACGCCUUCUUGCUCUCAGUGUUUCCACUACUUCACAGGGCUGUGUCAAAGUAACAUCCUAUCGCAUCGCCUUGUCUGACUUAAACAUUAGCAAACUAAAACCAUGCACUGUUUAUUUAACGAGGUAUUUGUCUAAUGGGAACUCCGGGAAAGGGGCGAGUCUUCACGCAGCAGCUUACAACUUUGUGUCCUCACAGUAGCAGCAAACGGCGGCGAGGCUGCCGACGCGCUUCGUUUUCCUGUUGCGUGGCGUCGGUGCGCAACAUCACAAGCAGCGCUUGCGGUCUGAUCUGGGCAGCUUUUUUGAUCACAUUUCCACUCCUCCAGGUUAACUUCUGUCUUCAGCUCAUUGUUGGCCGAUUUAGGUUAUUGUAACGCCAACCACCAGAGAUCAACCCAUCUAUCAGACCACCGCUCUACUUUCGCAGCCCUCUCAGAUGUGUCAUCCUUAACGUUCUGCUUCUCUCUGUGUUGAUUUAAUUGAAGAUAACUUGACACAGAGGAAGUGUGAAAUCCAGCAUAGCAUUUGCGAGGCUUAUGGUGGGAACUUCAAACUUUGCCUCACAAUGUGACACAAUCCCUUGUCUCAUACCAUAUCAUACCAUGCGGGUUGGCAAGCAAAUAUUGUGUCUGAAAACAAGACUAGACUGGAUGGGAUGAAAGUACAAAGAAAGCAAAAAAAGAGGAAAAAACAACAAUGCUGAAACUCUACCAGUUGGUUUAUAUUGGCCUAGAGCUGCUGAUUGCUUUCCUGGCUGUGGCUGGGAACAUCCUGGUCUGCUGGUCCGUCUGCCUGAACUCAAACCUGCAGAGCAUCACCAACUUCUUUGUAGUCUCACUAGCGGUUGCUGAUAUCGCUGUGGGGCUGCUGGCAAUUCCCUUUGCUAUCACAAUUAGUGUGGGUUUCUGUGCCAACUUUUACGGCUGCCUGUUCAUCGCCUGCUUUGUCCUCGUACUCACGCAGAGCUCCAUCUUUAGUCUGCUGGCCAUCGCUUUGGACCGCUACGUCGCAAUCAAGAACCCUCUCAGGUACAACAGUCUGGUAACAGGGCAGAGAGCAAAGUGCAUUAUAGCACUAUGCUGGACUCUGUCAGCUGGGAUCGGUCUGACCCCAAUGAUUGGCUGGAAUACAGGGUGGAACUCCACUGUUCACAUCACAGAAAAAAACAGCUGUCCUGAAGGCAUGACCCAAUGCUUGUUUGAGAGAGUAGUUCCCCUGGACUACAUGAUCUAUUUCAAUUUCUUCGGCUUCGUGCUGACCCCUCUGUUGGUCAUGCUGGUCAUCUACAUCAAGAUCUUCAUGGUGGCUAGGCGGCAACUCCGUCGGAUGAGCAUCAAGAUUGCACACACACCUAUUCCUGGACAAACAGCUCCAUCUUCAAGCUCUUCCCGUUCUUGUCUGCAGAAGGAAGUACACGCUGCCAAAUCGCUGGCCAUUAUCGUGGGCUUGUUUGCUCUCUGUUGGCUUCCUCUGCAUAUCAUCAAUUGUUUCAAUUAUCUGUGUAAAGACUGCGAGCAUUCAACAAUUUGGGUGAUGAACAUGGCCAUCAUCCUCUCCCAUGCAAACUCUGUGGUGAAUCCCUUGAUCUAUGCUUACCGUAUCAGGGAGUUCAGACAGACUUUUCGGAGGAUUUUACACAAGCACAUCCUGAGGCACACGGAUGGGGACGGGAUUGGGGCUGGGAGUGCUGACAGCAGAGAUAUUGCCUGCAACAAUAUCAGACGGACAUCCCAAGCGAGCAAAGAGGAUUCAACGUGUGGCACAGUGGGGAAUAACUACAUCCUGCAUCCUGAAGCUCAUCAGUCGGGACACAAAGCUAAGCAUGAAACGUCUAGUCCCUGGAAUUCAAAUUUAGAUACACUACCAAGCAGCUGCAUACCCAAUGCACACAGUUUGCAAAGUGGUACCUUCUCAGUGAUGCAGGAGGAGCCAUGCAUGGCAUUUUGUGCACAGGAUGGAGUAGAAUCAGCCAUAUAUGGAGAGGGAGCGACAGAAGUUUUUGAGCUCCAGGAAAGAGAAGGCUGCACUGCUCUUGUCGAUGUUCAAGCUCUCUCCAUAAAAAAGACAGACAGUUGCUGCUCCACAGAUAUACCAGAGGUGUCAUGACAUAUGUUCACAUAUAAAUUUUUUUGACCACGACACACUAAAUCCUAUGCAAACAUAACAGCAUAAAGACAAUUUCUACAAAAAAACACUGAGCAAAACAUUUAUUUCCCUUGAAGCAUAGCACCUGUUAUUAAAGGCAAUGUUUGUAUUUGCUUUACACUUUUAUUCCCUAUUUAAACUAAAUUCAAGUUGAAGAUCCGGCAACAUGAACAUAAAAAUGUUUAUAGCAGGAUGAUGUUCUCCAUGAGCUGAUGCUUAUAUUGUCUCUGCUUGUUGUGUAGUGACCUCUAUGGAUAUGUGAAUAUAUUUUCAAAAAUAAAUGUACUUUUAUGUAUAGGUUACAUAUAGUAAGGAAAAACAUUAAACCUUCAUGUGAACAAAAUAAUAACUUCUACACAUACAGUUAGUUUUUUUAGCUCCUGUUGAGAAUUACUUAUUUUCUAAAUGGUUUUAUUAUGAAAUGCUAAACAGAUUUAGUUUUGGCUAGAAAACAGCCAGAAGAUUUAUGAAGAAAAACAAGUCAAAUUUACAUAAAAAAUGGAAAUAUGGAUAUGAAUUUUGCUCAGGCUACAUAAGUGGGCCUGGGCUCAAAAAGCUCUUUCUCAAUAGGACCCACAGUGGUUUAGUAAAUACAACCUGUAUCAGCAGAAUCAUUUGGAAACCCUCUGUGGGCCUUAGUUGGGUCUCAAAUGGGUACUAAGAAACAGUUAAAUUAUGCAGCACAUCUAGGACCUAUAUGGGUCCUGCCAUUUAUCCGGAGUUGUCCAGCAUCAAACCCAUACAGACAAUUACAAUGGGACCUGUGGACAAUCCCAUAGCCCAUUUCCUACUUGUAUAGGCCCCAUAUGUAAAUGUUGGCCGGGAAGCCAGAUGUUACAGAAGAAGACUAAAUUAUUUUGUACUAGCAAAAACAGGAUGUCUAAUCAAAUAACAGUAUGGGUGCCAGCAAGUUUUUGUAUGGAUGAUUUUGACAAAAGCUUUUCUCGCCAUUUUUUUCCCCCUAUUGAACACAUUUAAUCAAAUUAAAGGUUGAAUUUGUUUUAGUGCAAGAUUAUGUUACAUCAGUAAGAGAUGUAUAUAUUUGUUUUUUUACUUAUUUUUAUCACUGUUGCUAGUAACAAUAAUAAUAAGGGGUGCUUGUACAAAUCCUCAGUCUGCCCUGUACUGUACUGUAUCAUGCAUUGUAUUUCAUCCUUCAAACACGCAGAUAUAACAUUUCUUACAAGACUGCAUCAGGUCAUGUAUUGUCAGUCUCUUUAUAUUUUUGUGGUUCCUUUCUGCUGAAAACAUGACUGAAACAAUUAUUUGGUGUUUUGCUGUCAAACACACAAAUACAGCCUUGGAUAAAGUGUUUAUAGGCUGCAUAUGAUUGACAUAAAUCAUUAUAUUCAGAGUUGUGAUCAAAGGUCUUAGUCCCUGUAGUUUGAGUAAGAUCUUUGAUUACAACUCUGAAUGUAAUGAUUUAUGUCAAUCAUAUGCAGCUCAUACAUGCGAAUGUUGCCUGCUCAGCAUCUAUGUGACACAGGCUCUGAGAUACACAAGCCAGCUACCUUUCACCCAAAGAAACAGCACAUUUGUUUGAACUUUGCAAACUCUACGUAGACGUGUAAGGCCAAUACAUUCUGAAUCAGGUUUGCACACAUAGAGAGCAAUAAAAACACACUCGUAAACACACAAGUAAAGUACACGCACAUGACCGCAGACUACAAUGCAAGAGGUGUUUACAGAGUAUCCAGGCUGCUGACGCCAGUCAGUGAGCCAAAUGCAAUGAAAAUCAAAUGAAGGUUCAUUUGAUUAUGUCUUUUAUUAUCCCAUUAUGCUUUCUCUUUCCCCAUUAAAACCCUUUCCUCUGUGGCAAAAGUCCACAUUAGGCAAAUUUUAUGUGCCUCAUAGCAAUCCCAGACACAUGUCUCCCAAAAUAAACAUUACUGGGGUGUAUAUAUUACGUGCUCCAUGUGUGCAUUCAAAUCUUAUGCAUAUCAGUUGUUUGGCAAAUCUUGCGGUCAUGUACAUGCGGUAUAAAAAUGGAUCAACCAAUCCAUUUU